GGCGCCCACCCACCCACUCACUCAUUCGCGGCACACGGGCUCACUGAGUGCUCUGGCGUGCUGCGGACUCGACGGACUGCAGAAUUUGCGGACUGAGUAACGGCGGCGGCAGCAGAGAAGCGGGAUCAUCGCGAGGGUCCUGCAGGUGGGAGCCAGGAGGCGAAGCCAGUGGAAUGGACCGCCGUGUCUUCCAAGAACUCACCAACUUACUGCUGGCACCCCAAACCGAAGAAGAGGGGUAACAGGGAGCCCUGCAGGAUUUUGCCCCCAUCUUUCAAGCUAAAGCCAGUUCUGCUGGAGGAUGAAUGGCGAUGUCCUCUAGCUGAGGCUCACCUGGGGGUCCGGCCGUCAAUUGUACUGCACUGCUGCCCCCCGGUCGGCUCGGCUCGGGGUGGCACAUGGCCAUUCAGAAACUGGUCGCCACAGCGGUGGCUGUGGCCUUACUGUCCCUGAUCCUCAACAACGUGGCUGCCUUUACACCCAGCUGGGUAUUUCAGACGCUGGAGGACGGGCGCAAGCGCAGCGUGGGGCUCUGGAAGAUGUGCUUCAUGGCCGAGCGAGGCCGCGAGGGGGCCGGCAGCGGGCGGCACGGGCAGUGCCAGGCUCUGUCCUGGGGAGCGGAGUAUUCAGGAUUCCAGGAGUCCCGCAGCACCGUCAAGUUGCAGUUUGACAUGAUGCGGGCCUGCAACCUCAUCGCCACGGCGGCACUGACAGCUGGUCAGCUCAUCUUCCUCCUGGGGCUUGUGGAGCUGCCCUUCUUCACCCAGGACUCCCAGUGGUGGGAGGAGGCCAUCGCAGCCGUCUUCCAGUUUGCCAGCUUCGUCCUUGUCAUCGGCCUCGUGACCUUCUACCGCAUUGGCCCGUACACACACCUGUCCUGGUCCUGCUACCUGGACAUCGGCGCUUGUCUCCUGGCCACGCUGGCGGCGGCGAUGCUCAUCUGGAAUAUCCUGCACCGGCGCGAGGACUGCCUCUCUCCACGCGUGAUCGUCAUCAGCCGCUCGCUGGCCGCCCCAUUCCGCCCCAGGCUUGAUAACGACUACGUGGAGUCCCCCUGCUGAUUUCACCUUCCGGUCGGUCAACAGCAGAACUCUACUGGCGACGGGAGAUGUCCUGGCCACCAUUCCCAGCUCUUAACCGGGGGAGCAAGCGAGCGAGCGAGCAGCGCAGUCCUUCUUCGGGGUCACCCGACACUAGCAACGUUCAGAGUCUCACACGGGGACGCUUACUAACUAACCCACGGGAGGAGCCGCACAACUUCUCAAGGCACUUGGGAACUCCAGAGGGGAGCAAACGGAAAAGCCAAUGCAACGGGAUCGAGCCUGCAGCAGAUGCUGGAGCCCCCCUAAGAGUGUGCCACCUGGUUUGGCCCGCAGAUCUUCUGCCUAAAGUAACGAUUCCCUUAACCCAGCUUCAUCCUUUGUUUUUCUCAUAAAGCACCAUCUGCAGAAUUGGAUCUCGCGGCCCCCCAAAAACAAACUUGUGAAAACUCAGCAUUUGCCGUAUUUUAGACUCGGGUUUGCCUUUCUAGCAGAAACUGCAACAGUGAAACUUUGGGAAGAGGUCUCAGUCGGGCAUCGCACUUGGAAGUGGAGCACAAUGAGUGAGAAAAUCAUCUUAGUAUAUAUAUAUAUAUAUAUAUACCUGUAUAUAUAAAAAAUAACGGUAUACAGCAUGUUAAUGGUUGAUCUACACCCCACCUCAUCACUGGUUUUGGUUUUUGGCUUUGCUGCUUCUAUUUAUUUAUUGCUGAAUAAAAGUCAAACGUGUAUCGCA